UGUCUGUUCCUUAGGAAACGGAAGAGCUUCUCUAUCCGGACCGGGACCGGGACCGGGACCGGGACCGGGGACUGAGGUCUCCGGCGUGGUCCGAGGACUUGAUGCUAGCAUCCCUCUAAGGCAGUGGGACGGGGAUCCGGUGUCGCUGCAGUCUUUACUCUUGGCAUUGUGAAGUUUCCUGAGAAGCCAUUAGAUAACCAGGAUUUGCUGGCACUUGAUUAUUAGGUUGGGAAGUUGGAGUACACACAUCUGAUUGGAAUGGACUGUGUCUUGUUGUAGAGGGAAAGACCAGAGAUGGAGUCAUAAUCUUAAGAUUAGUUUUUCUCCCUGGGAUUCACAGUGAGUUCCAGACAGUACUUCACUCUGAUGCUACCUUAGCAAAGGUCUGAUGGACCUUAUUGGCCUUGCUCCCUUUUUUUCUCUAUGCGGAAAGUGGAAGCAAAGCAAAAGAAACCAAGAGAAAAUUGGUUUAAUGAAUGAGAAUGUUCUUUUAACUCUCAGAACAUGGGCCCUCCUUUAAAGGAGCAAGAGGCCUUUCAUGUCUUCUGAGUCUAUAAGUUGUGUGUAGUUACAUGCAAACCUUUGCAUGCUCUGUCCUGUGUGAAGUUUCAUAAUCAAAACCAAUUUGGAGAAUAUUCUAAUAAUGUAGUCCCAGCCUAGUUAUUGAUUUUUGCUUCAUCAAGUUAACAUCAUGCUAUUCUAGAGGUAAUAUGGCUAUGAGGAAGAGGAGAGGAAAGAACUAAGCUCGUUUUCUUUUGCAGUUGCAGCUGUGAUCAUCAGCUGUCUGUCUUCAUUGAAGGGACCUGAUGUUUUACGUUAUUGGUGGAAUCACAGUAUCUGUGGUUGCCUUCUUCUUCACAAUUAAGUUCUUCUUUGAGCUUGCCGCACGAGUAGUCAGCUUCCUCCAGAAUGAAAACCGGGAGCGCAGAGGGGACCGGACUAUUUAUGACUACGUGCGAGGAAAUUACCUGGACCCCCGGUCCUGCAAAGUCUCCUGGGAUUGGAAGGACCCCUAUGAGGUGGGCCAUAGCAUGGCCUUCCGAGUGCAUUUAUUUUACAAGAAUGGACAGCCCUUCCCUGCUCAUCGGCCUGUGGGAUUACGAGUUCACAUCUCCCAUGUUGAGCUAGCAGUGGAUAUUCCAGUAACCCAGGAAGUCCUUCAGGAACCCAAUUCCAAUGUUGUAAAAGUGGCCUUUACUGUUCGCAAGGCUGGUCGCUAUGAAAUCACAGUGAAACUUGAUGGCUUAAGUGUGGCUUAUAGUCCCUACUACAAAAUUUUUCAGCCUGGGAUGGUGGUUCCUUCCAAGACUAAAAUUGUGUGCCAUUUCUCUACUCUUGUUCUGACCUGUGGGCAACAGCACACCCUUCAGAUAGUCCCUCGAGAUGAGUAUGACAAUCCUACCAACAAUUCUGUGUCUUUAGUUGAUGAACACAAUUACAGUGUGUCUAUUCAUGAGCUUGGUCCUUCAGAAGAAGAAAGUACUGAUGUCUCAUUUGAGAAAUCGGUAACAUCCAAAAGACAGACAUGCCAGGUGUUCCUUAGACUCACCUUGCAUUCCCGGGGAUGCUUCCAUGCCUGCAUUUCAUACCAAAAUCAGCCAAUUAGCAAUGGUGAAUUUGAUGUAAUUGUCCUAAGUGAGGAUGAGAAGAACAUUGUAGAACGCAAUGUAUCCACCUCAGGAGUCAGUAUUUACUUUGAGGCUUAUCUUUAUAAUGCCACUAACUGUGCCAACCCCCAGUGGCAUCUCCCACCCAUGCACAUGAGCUCUUCCCAACGCCGUCCUUCUACUGCCACUGAGGAGGAGGAUGAAGAUUCACCCUCUGACAGCCAGACCCCUGAGAAGGUGAAAAAACCCAAAAAGGUGUACUGCUAUGUAUCACCCAAGCAACUCUCAGUGAAAGAAUUCUACCUGAAAAUCAUUCCUUGGCGCCUCUACACCUUUAGAGUAUGCCCUGGGACAAAGUUUUCAUACCAUGGACCUGACCCUGUGCAUAAGCUGCUCACACUAAUAGUUGAUGAUGGGAUCCAGCCUCCUGUAGAGCUUAGCUGUAAGGAAAGGAACAUCUUAGCAGCCACUUUCAUCCGUUCUCUCCAUAAAAACAUAGGAGGCUCAGAGACCUUUCAGGACAAGGUGAACUUCUUCCAGAGAGAGCUUCGGCAGGUGCACAUGAAAAGACCACACUCAAAGGUUACACUGAAGGUCAGCAGACACACCCUGUUGGAGUCUUCUCUGAAAGCCACUCGGAAUUUCUCCAUCUCAGAUUGGAGUAAGAAUUUUGAAGUAAUUUUCCAGGAUGAAGAAGCUCUGGAUUGGGGAGGCCCUCGACGUGAAUGGUUUGAGCUAACUUGCCGAGCAUUGUUUGACACCACCAAUCAGCUUUUCACUCGAUUCAGUGACAACAACCAAGCUCUGGUACAUCCAAAUCCUAACCGACCUCCACAUCUCCGGCUAAAGGUAUAUGAGUUUGCAGGACGGCUUGUAGGCAAGUGUCUCUAUGAAUCAUCUUUAGGAGGAGCUUACAAGCAACUGGUACGAGCUCGUUUUACUCGUUCUUUCCUGGCUCAAAUCAUAGGACUUCGGAUGCACUAUAAGUACUUCGAAACCGAUGAUCCAGAGUUUUAUAAAUCAAAGGUGUGUUUCAUUCUCAACAAUGACAUGAGUGAGAUGGAACUGGUUUUUGCAGAAGAGAAAUACAACAAAUCAGGGCAGCUGGAUAAGGUUGUAGAGCUCAUGAAUGGGGGAGCUCAAGUCCCUGUCACCAACUCAAAUAAAACUUUCUACCUAAAUUUGUUGGCACAAUACAGACUGGCCAGCCAAAUUAAAGAAGAAGUGGAACAUUUUUUGAAAGGCCUGAAUGAAUUAGUACCUGAAAACCUUUUGGCUAUUUUUGAUGAAAAUGAACUUGAGCUGCUGAUGUGUGGUACUGGUGAUAUCAAUGUCUCUGACUUCAAGGCACAUGCUGUGGUAGUGGGAGGCUCGUGGCAUUUCAGGGAAAAGGUAAUGAGAUGGUUUUGGACGGUGGUCUCCAGCCUCACACAGGAAGAGUUGGCAAGGUUACUUCAGUUCACAACUGGCUCCUCUCAGUUGCCACCUGGAGGCUUUGCUGCUCUCUGUCCCUCAUUCCAGAUUAUUGCGGCUCCUACCCACAGCACGUUACCCACCGCACACACAUGUUUUAACCAGUUGUGCCUCCCUACAUAUGACUCAUAUGAAGAUGUGCACAAAAUGCUGCAGCUGGCCAUCAGUGAGGGCUGCGAGGGCUUUGGCAUGCUCUGAUCCACUCUUCUAUUGUCCGUCCAGCCCCUGGGUUCUCCAGAGUAUCCUGGGUGUACAGUUCCCUUUCAGGCAGAGCACAGACAUAAUCUUCAGCGCUCAGGACAGAUAUACCAGUCAGCCAGAAGAUGUUGCAUGCUCCCCUGUUUCUGGAGUAUUUUGCCACCCAUAGGCCUUGUCCUAAAACAUCAUAUUGUUUCCUUCUCUUCACCCUAGGCCACUUCAAUAUGGUACGUAAAUAUUGGAAGUUUUUGUCCAUGUUCUCCAUCUAAGAGAAGAGGAACUCCAUUUGGUCCUCAAUGAGCAGAAGAUCUCUGUAGUGGGGACUGCCUGUCUUGUGGGAGGCUAUGCACCAAGGGCUCCAAGCUCCAUUGGACAUCUGGCUUGCUGGAAGCCUUAAUAUCUGCCCAUGCCUUGCUCCAGCUCCCUCUGCUAAUGCUCCUCAAUGGAACCCACUUUUCUCUUCCCUCUUGGAUCUGACACAGCCUCAAGACCUUCUCUAUGGAAAGGAUGAUACUUUCAGGAGUAGAGAGAAUCACAGGAUCUGCUAUAGGAACUGGCCACUCUGACUGGUCAUUGCUUUGUUACCCUGCACAAAGCAGGCAUACUUUGGCCAUAGCAUUGUACUACCUCUAAUGGGAACUGGCAGCUCAAAGGUGCCCUUCUUCUUGUGUCAGAUGACACUGGGUACAGAACUGGAAGAGGAGCUGCUUUUGUAAGCAUUUCCAGAAGAUCUUGUAAAGCCCCACAGGAGAGUUCUUUUGAUUUAUUUUUUGUUUUGUUUUUUUUCCCCUCUUGAAUUCAAUCCAGGUGAGAAAAGCAGACUGGGUUUAGAAUAUUUAAGAUAAUAGAACUACAGUCCUCUGAAUUGAACAUAAAGGGUAUAUCUUAACCUCUAGCUGUAGUAGGAUUGAGGAACAUUCUUGAGUACGUAGCUGGUUGGCUUGGAGGCCACUGACACUGUGCAUUGGGUUUCUUUUCCUACCAAGGCUCUGCUGGGUCUGUUCCCUUUCUUCUGUGUUGGACAAUCUGCUAUGUUCUGUGAAUCCAUUUUUUGCAUGGCACUAGCUUCUUGCCCUGAGACCCUGCUAGAGAAAAAUUUCUAGCAUAGGGGUCCUAUUUGAAUUCUAAUGGAGAAAGCUUUCUAGCAAAGCAUUAGAAUGGUAGUUCAUCUAUCUCUGGUAGAUUUGAAUUAUUUUUUUUCCCCUUAAUAUUUCCUCCAUUCUGAGAGCACCAAGGCAAGGAAAAAGGGAUCCUAAAGCUUGUGAAUUAUGUUGCACUACUGACCUGUGGUAAAGCCUAUGUCCUUUUUCUCAAGUUCAGGGCACUGAGAAUGUUCUUAAAAGAGAUCUACUUUAAUAAUAAAAGUUUAGCUAUAUCAGUGCCUUCCCCUUAUCAAUCAGAGAUUGGAGGGCUAUGGGCAAGGGAGAAGGAAAGAAAGAAAUUAUGGAUACUUGUUUCUGAGAAGCUCUGUAGACUGAUUUGACUGAUGGAAAUUGGCAAAAAUCUCUUGAAAGAUUUUCUUUUGAAUUACAAAUUUGAAUAAGAACAUUUUCAUGAUUCAAAAUUUUGCUCACUUGAAAAGUUCCAUUUUUAAGGUUGCUUUGCUGUGAACCCCAAUUUCCAGUGGAGCACUCUAUACCAUGAAUACUACAAGCCAUCUUUUUUGCCAAAACCAGCAAGUACACAAGAGUCCUAAGAAGAGGCAGAAUUUGUAGCAGGACCUCAGCCUCCUGGAAACCUUCAGGUGGGGACCAGGAGGGACAGUACCUCCUCCUGCCCCUGUACCUCCCAACUCCAACCCUACUUCCCGAGCUGCUAUAGCUCCUUUGUGGCUUCAGUCUCUUUCAGCUGUCAUUUGUUCUUUCUUGACCAGGGUGCUGUCCUCUCCCAUCUGCUGGAGCUAGAAUCCUGCAGCUGGGGCCUUAGCACUCCUAGUUCCUACAUGCUCCAUGGUCAUUGCUCUCCUCAGGGACCCAGACAAGGUGUUGUUUCUUGCCUUAAUCCUCUUCCAGGAGGAUACAGGAAGGCAGGUGCAGUCAUCACCUUGGAAAAUAGGAACAACCCUUUACCCCUCAGGCCCAAAUAGGGGUUUCCAGUUUUGGGCAUGUGGAUUGCCUCUGGUUUUCCUAUGGCAAUCUCUCUUCUGGAGCCCCUAAUCACCAUUCCAGUGGUUACCUAGGGACCUCACUGCUGGGAAUUAAGGUUAUUUCCUUGGCUAGAAAUCUGUCCUGUAAAACUUUAGUUUUUGUAUUCAUUUAGGGGAUCUUGGGUUCCAAAAUAGCUUUCUAAGGGCAACCCCAAACAUGGAAAGUGUCCCCAGUGUAUGAAACCCCUUGGUACUUACUAUCCAUUGAUUUUUUUUCUUCAGCCUCCAGUUUAUUCUGCUCCUUUGUUCAGUCCAAAAAGACUCCUGGCCCUAUCUGAUCUUCCCAGUCUGCCCAAGGCACUUACGAGUGUGGGAAGACAGUACAGAAUAUUGAGGGAAGGACUGUUAAUUUUUUAGCAGUUCUUUAUAUGUAUUUUUUUGGUCUGCACUCUUAUUUAUUCCUUUGUGACUGAAGUGCUUUGAGCUUAACUGAGUUCAUAACAAGGAAAAAGACUGUAUGUUUCAAGGACUUGGGGCAAGGGCCUGUCCUUGUUACAAAUUGAUUGGACUGGGAAGAGUUUGAUUCAUGUGGACAAUUGCAACUGAUGGUAUAAAAUAGUUUGUACAAUAAAUGAAAAUUUAAAAGAGUAAA